AUGCAACAAAAGAUCUGCAAGUGCCUGCUGGUGGUGCUGCUUAUAGCACACAUCAAGUAUGCCAGUAGCAGCUAUCGAAACCGGUUGGGAGACUGCGAACCGUUUACCAUUGAGUUCAUCGCAGGACUGAUUCAAAAGAAGGCGCGUCAACUACUCGAGCCCUUCGCAUCACUUCCGUACAAGCGAAUGCUUCGCUUCGAGUUGUACACGCGAAAAAAUCCACAUGAUCACCAGGUUUUGCGAACUGGCGACAGGUCACGGCUAACUGGCUCGAACUUCGAUGCUGCCUGGCCGGUACGGUUUAGCAUUCAUGGCUGGAAUGGACAGACAAGGACAUGCUCCAAUGCUGCUAUAAAGGAUGCCUAUCUAUACAAAGGAAACUUUAAUGUGGUGCUGGUCGACUGGAGCGACUACUCCCUGGACAUCAAUUACUUUCGGGUCAUAGCGGAGCUCUUCGAAAUGGCCGACCAGAUCAACGAUUUCGCCCGCUUCCUGCACACCGAAACGGGUGUGCCGUACUCGAAAAUGUACCUGAUUGGCCACAGCUUGGGCUGCCACUUGGCUGGGAUAGCUGGCAAGCGUCUUCGACCAGAUAGAUAUGGCGCAAUCUUCGCCCUAGACAGUGCCGGGCCCAUACUCAACCAUUUGAAUGAGACCUGGCAUUUGGCGCCCAGCGACGCCAUGUAUGUGGAAUCCAUUCAAACAGACCUGAGCUUCUUCGGCUAUAGAGGAGCACAUUUGGCACAUGCCACAUUUUUCCCCAACUGGGGACUAGGGCAGCCCCACUGCCCCAACGCAACCGCCAUGGAACCGGACUUUGUGUGUGACCAUUUCAGCUCCCUCUACUACUUUGUCGAAUCACUGCACGACGAUAAGGCUUUUGGCGGCUUCAGGUGCAAGAACUUUAAGAGCAUAGUGGAACAGAAAUGUAGCUGUGGCCAUGAGGAAUGCGAAGCGCAGGCCUAUAUGGGUGGGGAGCCAGCGGUUCCAAAACGUGGCAUCUAUUAUUUGAGUACGCGGCCUAAGCGACCCUUUGGCUAUGGAAAAACAUUCCGAAUGAGGCGAGCGCUCCAACCAACAACAACAAGAACACGCUAA